GCAGGUUUAAGCCUCCCGGUGGGCCGAAUCAAGACGGCCCAGCGGCGGCCGCAGCGCCAGAGAGGAAGCGGCUUGUCUGGUCGGCUCGAGGGUUCCCAGAACAGCCCCUGGACUUCUCGCUUUCAGGAAUGCCAACAUGCCAACAUCGUACCAAAAUAAGCACAGCUAAAUAUGGAACACAGCCGCCUGUCUGUCAGCCCAGCCCGGGCCGUGAGCGACCGGGUCACCCUGGGAGCUUUACUUUUAAUGGUUGAUGGACGAUGAUCGACUUAAUUGCAUUGUAUUUUGACGGCCCCCAUUUGUUUCUCGUCUCUUGUCCCUCGUUUUUCGUUUUUCAUCCGAAGGACUUUUGCUAGUUGUCCCUUUUUACCCUGCGACUGUGCGAAUGUCUCGUCCUUGUCUCACCCACGCUCGACAACAAAACACCUUGUUCUGAGCUGUUCUGAGCUGCCGGGACUCCUCUCGACAGGAGCCCCAAUAACACCACAACAGAAUGCGGACCCCAAGGGCGAUAUCAAUCCUCCCAUCGUCUCUCGUUGCCCUUAUCCUCAUUUCCACAUCACAGGCCGCAAGCCCCAGCUUCGGCUUCUACCCGGAGAACUCGCAAGAUUGCCUGGACCAGGCCGCCGACACAGCCAAUUGUCCCUCGAGCACCGUAGAGGUGUUAAACUCGUGCUUAUGUAGCAAUGGGGGCGACUUUGUCACCAAUACGGCCAAGUGCCUGGGCACGAAGGACCCGGACGACGUUGACGCAGUUUUCGAUACCAUGCAGUCUGCCUGCGCGAACAGCCAGACGCCGCUGAACAUGUCCAAGGCCCGAUUCGAGUCAAUCGCGGCCAGUGCGGCAUCAACCACUACCUCAAAGACGCGGACAACACUGUCAACGUCGACCAAGUCGAGCACUUCGAAAACAACGAGUUCCACGCAAGCGUCAACAACGACGACGACUUCAUCCAACGGGCUGUCAACUGGCGCGAAGGCGGGAAUAAUUGCAGGCUCGCUGAUCGUGGGCCUGGCCCUGCUCGGCGCGAUUGUACAUUUCUUCAUGCGGUACAGGAGGAGGCACGAGGGCGAGGAGUCACACCCGAUGCUCACCUCACGGGCCGGACACGUCUCCUUUGUGCCCACGCUGUCCGACGCGGGCGUGGGCGCGGGUGCGGGCAGCCACUACAACAACAAUUACAGCAACAUGAGCGGGCCGGUCGCGGGGACAUUGGGAGGUGCGAAGUACAACUACAUGCAGAUAUCGAAUGCGGCAGCUGGCAAUCGGGUUAGCAUGUUCAACUGGGAAUCGCCCGAUGUGCUCGCAUACCCGGGGUCGCCAGCCACGGACGGCGGGAUCGUGACGCCACCUCCCCUGGCUUCGCUCACCCGAUAUUCGACACCUCUUUUCGAACUAGCGGGCACCUCGCCUCCGGCACGCCUCUCAAGCAGCAAAGCUGCUGCCCCGGCCCCCCAACAAGCGACCUGACCGACCCCGGGCCUUGGCCCGCCCGGGCGGCCUGGGAAUUGAAUCCUCUCAGCCCUGUUUUUAUUUUAUUUUAUUUUAUUUUAUUUUAUUUUAUUU